AUGAAUGAAACAUGCCGGAAAUGUGGUAAACUGGGCCACAUCCAACGAGUUUGCCGCUCUGGAAGAAAUCAGAAUACUACCCGACGAAGAAAGGUUGAUAAACCCAAACUGCAUUAUUUUGAGAUGAAUGAUGAACGUGAUGACGACAGCUUCGUGGCAUCACUAGAAGUAAACAAUGUCAACCAAAGGUACAAGGAAAUGUUCGCAGACACACCACUGGUGUAUACCAAAGCCAUUUUGAAAAGCUACUCAGGAGAGAAGAUGAAACCAGAAGGAAAACUCCUUGUUCGUGUGGAACACAACAAUCAGGUUAAGAACUUCACAUUAAGGAAGGAUGAACUUACAUUACAGGAUGGUUGCCUUCUGUGGGGCUCUCGAGUGAUAAUUCCACCUAAGUACCGAACACAGUUGUUAGAACAACUUCAUGAAGGCCACCCCGGAAUCGUAAGGAUGAAGGCGUUGGCUAGGAGCUACAUUUGGUGGCCAGGAAUGGACAAGGAGGUCGAACAAACAGCAAAAGGAUGCACUGGCUGUCAACUCACUCAGAAAAAUCCUAAGACCGCCCCACUUCAUACUUGGGAGUGGCCAGCACGCCCAUGGCAACGUAUCCACAUAGAUUUUUCGGGACCAUUCUUGGGAACAAUGUUUCUCAUUGUCGUGGAUAGCCACUCAAAAUGGCCCGAAGUAAUAGCAAUGACUACUACAAACGCUGCAAGAACAAUUGAGGAACUAAGAAAGCUGUUUGCGACAAACGGAUUACCAGAACAACUGGUUAGUCAUAACGGCCCACAAUUCACAUCGGACGAAUUCAGAACAUUCAUGAGGAAUAAUGGUAUCAAACACAGAAGGUCAGCGCCGUAA